CAUCUCUUUACACACAUUUCUUCAUCACAAAACACCUCAAAGUUUAAAACAACCCUUCUUUAUCUUUUCCUCUUUGAUCCCUUUCAAAACCUAGAUCAUCAUGGGUGUUUUCACUUUUGACGACGAUUUCACCUCCACCGUUGCUCCUGCUAGGUUGUUCAGGGCCUUCGUCCUUGAUGCUGACAACCUAUUCCCAAAAAUUGCUCCCCAAGCUGCUAAAAGUGCCGAGACUGUUGUAGGAAAUGGAGGACCCGGAACUAUCAAGAAGAUCACCUUUCCUGACGGCAAGUACGUGAAGCAGAGGCUUGAUUCAAUUGACCACGACAACUUCAGCUACGGCCACAGUGUGAUCGAAGGAGAUGUUUUGUCUGCCGAGCUUGAGAAAAUUGCUCAUGUGACCAAGUUUGUGGCCUCCCCCAAUGGAGGAACUAUCAUUAAGGUCACUACCAACUUCCACACCGUCGGGAAUGCCCACGUCGAUGAAGCGAAGGCUAAGGAAGGAAAGGAAAAGGCCGCCGGUCUGUUCAAGCUCGUCGAAGGCUACCUUCAGGCAAACCCCGGCGCUUACAACUAAAUAUGUUGAACUAUAUGCUUGUCAAAUUAGUUUCUCUAUAAGCUAAAGGGUGUGGCUUUCUAGUUGUUUUGUAUCCUGGACUUUCUAGGCUUUGCCAAUAAGAGUAUGGAGUUGUGAUUAUCUUGUUUGCGUCGUAAUGUUUGAGAAAGUAUUGUAUCUUUUACAAAUAAUGUAAUGAAAAUAUAUCUUGCUAUAAAAGAGUUAAAAGA